AAUAGAAGAGACUAUGAAGGUGAGGAGAUCGGAACCAGUUCUAGUCCAUGCGACCGGAGCCGCGACCACCCAAGAGUACUACUUCCUCUCGAACCUGGAUAGGAAUGUCGCCGUGCUCAUGAAAACAGUCCACAUCUUCAGCGUGUCAUGUGACGAUGUGGCAACGCUGCUCAGGGAUUCCCUGAGCAGGGUGCUCUCGCAGUACUACCCCUUCGAGGGUCGGCUGGCCGUACGCGAGGACGGGAGGCUCGCCGUGCGGAACGACCGCCGCGGUGUCCCCUUCGUUGACGCGGUGUCCGAUUACGAGCUGCAGGUGGUCUGUGACGCAACGGCCCCGGGUUCUGAGCUUCUCGGUGACCUCGUCUACGUCAGCAUGCAGCACGAGAACGCCCUGGAAGCGCCGAUGCUGACCGUGCAGGUGACCACGUUCAAGUGCGGCGGCUUUGUCCUCGGGCUCGCCAUGAACCACUGCUUGGCAGACGGCCAGUCCGCCGCCGAGUUCAUCUGCUCCUGGGCGGAGACCGCGCGUGGUGUGGCCAUGUCGACGCCGCCGUACCUCGACCGCACGGUGCAGCGCGCCAGGCCGAUCCCGACGGUUGACUUCGCACAUGACGAGUUCGCAGAGAUCGAGGACGUCUCCGGCCUCGCCGGCACAUUCGGCAAGGAGCCGUGCGUUUACCGCUCCUUCACUUUCGACGCAGGCAAGCUGCACAGGCUGAAGCAAGCCGCAAGCGAGCAAGGGCAAGGAGGCACCAAGAGCUCCGUCUUCGUCGCGCUCACGGCUUUCGUGUGGGUAUCAAGGACGCGGGCCCUGCGGAUGCUCCCCGAUCAGAAGAGCAAGCUGCUGUUCGCGGUGGACGCCCGUCUGCGCGUCGACCCGCCCUUGCCGCCCGGCUUCUGGGGUAACGCCAUCAUCUUCGCCUGCUGCAUCUCCACUGCCAGGGAUCUCCUCAGCAAACCACUGUCCGCGGCUGCCCGUUCCAUCAGAGAAGCCAUCGUCCGCACCGACGACGCGUUCAUCCGUUCCGCCGUUGACUACAUCGAGUUGAACAGCGGUGCUCGCCCGUCGCUAAUGGCAACCACCCUGGUCACUGCUUGGAAUCGACUCAGGUUUCGCGCGGCGGACUUCGGAUGGGGUGAAGCAAUCUACUCGGGGCCGGCGGAGCUGCCGCAGAAGGAGGUGGCCAUGUUUCUGCGCGGCGUGAGUGACAGCCAGAGCACAGUGCUGGUUAUUGGGAUGCCUGUGUCAUGUAUGCAAGCAUUCCAAGAAACGGUAGAUCUGCUGUGAAAUGUGUGUGUCUUCACAAGUUAAAAAAAACAGAAGCCUUCUGACUGUAUGAGGGAGGAAAAUUUGGUGAUUUAUAUUCUGCAGUGAUCUAUUGUACGCAUGACCAGUGGCUCAUGUUUACAAACAAUAUGAUUUACAUUCACUCGAUCAGGAUUAUGCCCCCAAGAUCUGAUCAAACGUUGGGUAAACAAAAGCAUUCGAUAAAAAUAUUUGGCUUCGGCCAGACUGGACGCAAGGUGGACUAUUUGUACGUCUAACUUCUCUGCAACACUCUGGUUGGACGAAGUCUUAUGUUAGUGGUCUCCUUCGUCGCCGAAGGUCCCAUAAGAAAAAACACCUUCGAAAGAUUGACACAAAGUCGAAGCUAUCAAUCAGAGAGCUUUAGAGUACAUUUCCAAAUGCACCGACUUAAAGAUGAAAUCACCAAUCGACCCAUGAUAACUUAUAUUAUGAUUGUAAACAUUUUUAAAGGGCAUGAAUGUAAUUUCUCGCAGGCUGCGUCCUGUGCCUAUACAUAGUCCUGCACUGUUCACGUUAUCCUGUAUUCGCUCGUGCGUAACACUUGGAUUUUUGCCUUCUGUCAAGCCGAAGGUAUAAAUGUAAUUAAAUAUUGUAUUUAAAUAUCCAAGUUUAUAUAAUGAAGACAUGUGAAUGAUAUUAUAUGUUUAUUCAUGUU